AAAUCAUCCUAGCUCGCAGCUGUUGUGCUACUAAGUGGCAAAUUAACUUUUUUCGUCGUAAUUCAUAAUGUGUACAAAUUUAACAGUUAACAAUUUGUAGUAUUUGGAUCGAUAUAUACUGGCUUUCGGGUAUUGUAAGUUCAUACAUGAUUGUAAACUUGGCGCCUGCCAGUUUACGUGGAUUAUCAUUCCUGCUCGGUUAAAUACAGGGUCCGUAUUGCUAUCGUUGUUUUGUAAGCAACUCUUUAUCGUUGCUCGUCUACUUUUCUUUUUACUCCGUUUUCAUAUCGAUACUCAAACUGGAUUUAUCAUUCUAACACGGUGGUUAGCAACUUAAUCGCUGUCACGGAGGGGAUCCACUUUCUUUCGGGCUAGUAUCUCGACUAGCUUUUCGGCUCACCGCGAUCAUCGGUAGUGGGUAGCAGCAUGGACUUUGAAAAUGUCCUGGCAAUGGCUUCCCAAAAUCAAGGCCUCAGCAGCCUUCCGAAGCGGUACAGUUUACAAACUGGACCGCCGAAAAAGGACCCCAAAGUUAAAGGUGUCAAUUCAUCUGCGGUCCAGGCUUUCUUGAAGAAAAAGGAGCAGGAACAGAAAAAGAAAGUGUUGCAGAUGAAGAAGGCGAAAGAGGAACUCCAGGCCAAACGCGUGGAGCUGAAAUCGGACCGCAAAGCCAGAGCUAUGGCCUCACGCACCAAGGACAACUUCCACGGCUACAACGGGGUCCCUGUAGUAGAGCCCGAUCCUAAGCCACGGAGGAAAAGGGGGUCCAGGGGUGAGGGCGAUGAACACGAUGGCGACGACCCUCAGAGGAGUGACACGUACGAUGAUGACGAGGACAACUACGAGUAUGCGGGCACCGACUCUGAAUCGGAGCCUGAGCCCGAACCGCAGAGGCCCACUGUGAGACACGAGAUGUCCUCCAGCUCCAAAUCCCACUCCUCCAAACCCAUCCCCAAGAAACCUGGUGUCGGGGGCGGUGCAUCCAAGGCCGCCCCGCCUCCCAUGAACUUUGCCGAACUCCUGAAGCUGGCUGCGAAAAAGCAGCACGAGCCCGUGGAGCUGAAAGCGGUGCCAAAGAAGGACGACACGCCGCGCACGAUGAAGGAGCUGCGGGAGCAGAGGGAGCGCGAGAUGAAAGAGCGCGACUUGAUUGAGCGCAGGAAAAAGCAAGACAAGGGCCGUGAUGCCAAGGCUGCAUCCGACAGCAGCAGCAGCAGCAGCAGGAACAAAUCACAGCUCAACUCGAGCAGCACCCACAGGAAGGGUGCUCCCGAGGGAGAUGGCAGGGGGGGCAAGCCACACAAGAGUGCCCCAGAGAGGUCGUCCUCCUCUGGGGAGCCCAGCAGGAAGCCAAAGCCGCCCCAUGGAGAUCGGCCGUCACACUCCUCCUCCUCGCACAGCUCCUCCGCCAAGCAGUCUCACAGUGGCAGCAGCGGAGACCGACCAAAACACACCACAAGUUCCUCAGGUUCCUCUGGCGGUAAGGCCCCGAUGAGGACUGGCUCUCAGGGCUCCACCAAACAGCCAGCCCCCAGGCCCUCCUCCUCCAGCCAGAGGCCCAGCACCGCAAGUGACCUUAACCCAAAGAAGGGCAGCCACAUGUCCUCCUCGUCUUCUUCAUCGUCUUCAGGAAAGCUAAACUCCUCCGGGACCAGGCCCUCAGGAUCCAGCCAGGGGGCAGAACGCAGCUCAGGAGGCCAAGGAAGGCCCAGUCAGGGCAGCUCGGAGAGAAGGGGUUCCUCGGGGCAGCAGAGACCCUCGGGGGGCCAAGGUGGUGCUCCCCGGCCAAGCAGUAAUGGACAGGUUCGACCAGUACCCGGUGGAAGUGCUGGAAAGACUGCAGGGGGUGCACAACAGAGACCUGGGGCCACACAACAGAGACCUGGGGCCACACAACAGAGACCUGGGGCCACACAACAGAGACCUGGGGCCACACAACAGAGACCUGGGGCCACACAACAGAGACCUGGGGCCACACAGCAAAGACCUGGGGCCACACAGCAGAGACCUGGGGGUAGUUUACAAGGCAGGCCAGGGAGUAGCUCACAGGCCAAGCCUAGUGGUGGUAGCCAACAAGCCAGGCCUGGUGGUAGCCAACAAGCCAGGCCUGGGGGUAGCUUACAAGCCAGACCCGGAGGUGGAGGGGUUCGGCCUGCUGGAGCAGGUGGUGCGAUGGGACGGCCAGGUGGCGGUGGUCCCUCAGGGCCUGGUAGGCCACAAUGCACUGUGGUGUCAGAGACCAUUUCCGUUAAGAACAUGUCAAAACCCGGGAUGCCACCCAGGCCGGGAAUGCAAGGCAGGCCGGGUAUGCCGCCCAGACCAGGAAUGCAACAAGUAAGGCCGUAUGGUUAUGGGCCCCCAGUUAGGCCGCCUGGUGGGAUGCUACCUCCAAUUACGUCUGCGUACAAGCGGCAGUAUGAUGACGAUGAGGAUGACGAGGAUGACCCAGAGAUGGAUGACUUCAUAGACGACGAGGGAGAGGACCAGGACGAAAUCUCCAAACACAUCAGGGAAAUCUUUGGCUACGACCGGAAACGAUACAAGGAGGAGAGUGACUAUGCAUUACGCUUCAUGGAGAGCAGUUGGAAAGACCAGCAGAAAGAGGAAGCAAGGAGUUUGCGCCUGGGUAUCCAGGAAGAUGAGGAGGACAUCCGCAUGGAAGAGGAGGAGAUGAAGCGGAAGCUUGCGAUGAAAGCCAAGCGGAGAAAACUUUAGGCUGUGGCAAAAGCAAAAAAAGAAGAAAUCUGUCUAAAAUGGACUCUGGGUUCAAGAGAUUGUGAAUGAGUGAUGUAAAAUGCACAACAUGUGUCUUGCAGCCUGGUCUCAUACUUUUCACACGUUAAUUUAUUUGAAUAUCCCCUGAGAGGGAGCGGUUUUGCACUACGGAGAGAGCACUGUGUCGCUGUGGACACUGUGGAAAAUUAUGUCAUGAAAAAAAGCAACCAUGGAUCUCAUUUUUUUGUACCGACAAACAGCCCAUGCAUAUGUGUACGUGUGGAGGCCUUACAUCAUUGUUCGAAUGGAUCAGAAUGGCUAAUUUUAUUCUAUUAAUAUAUGGUCAAAUAAGUAUGGUCAAGUGAGAAAUGCCAUUUAUUUGAAUUGUACUGCGCUAUUUUUGUCGUUAAAGCUCAUUUUGUCAAAAGAUGUUUUUGUGUUUUGUGGUGUGUGUGUGUGUGUGCGUGUGUGAGAGAGAGAGUGUGUGUGUGUGUGUUACUCAGUUACAGCAACGUUACCAAACUGUCUCUGGUUACAGUACAAUAUAAUAAAUGUCCUAUAGGGGCUUACUAUGAAUAUAUGAAUUCUGUUGUAUUACCAGUUGCAGACAGUCAGAUUUACAUCAUGUUGCAUGGUGUAAUUGUGACAUGAAAAAGAAAGG